AGCUAUCUUUAUCCUUAUUGAAUUGUUUCUCCGUAAUUCAACACAGCACAACACAAACAUAAAACGAAUCAAAAAACCAUUUCUUCUCUCACAAUCACAACACAACAACCUAUCAUCUCUCUCUCACUCUCUCACUCAUUCACCUUGUUGCUUCCGAAAACUCACUCUGCUGUUGAUGGAACCUUGUCUCCUCCACCACCACCACCACACAACCCUCACAUACCCUUCUCCACUCUCAUCACCACCACCACCACCACCCUCCUUCAAAGGAUUCUUGUUUACAAGGCCUAUAUCUGUUGUUUCUUCUUCUUCUUUGCACCUUACUUGCAGACCAAUCAGAAGGGCUAAGAUCAAAGCAAGUGCUGGUGUAUGCAGCCUCAAUUCCCCUCUGGAGCCACGUUCUCUGGUGGGGAAGUUCCUCAGUGGGGUUCUGCAGAACCAUCGCCAGCUCUUCCAUGUUGCUGUUGGGGAAGAGCUGAAGCUCUUGGCUGAUGAUCGAGAUGCUGCACAUGCUCGCUUGAUUCUGGCUUCUGAUUCUGAUGAGUCCUUGCUUCACAGGAGGAUUGCACAACUAAAAGAGAAUCAAUGUCAAGUUGCUGUAGAAGAUAUUAUGUCUUUGCUGAUAUUUUACAAAUUUUCUGAGAUCAGAGUCCCUUUGAUUCCAAAGCUUUCUAGGUGCCUUUACAAUGGCAGGCUAGAGAUAUUGCCUUCUAAGGACUGGGAACUUGAGUCCAUUCACAACGUGGAAGUAUUGGACAUGAUUCGGGAACACGUAACUACUGUAACUGGAUUAAGAGCAAAAUCUAGUGUAUCAGAGAGUUGGGCAACAACCAAAGUUAGACAGUUCCUACUUGCUAGAAUAUAUGUUGCUUCGAUAUUAUAUGGUUACUUUUUGAAGUCUGUUUCAUUGAGGUACCAGCUAGAACGAAAUCUAUCUCUGGAUAACCAUGGUCAUAAGACUUCCCUCUCUUAUAAUGAUAUGUGUAAUGGAUUGAAAGAUACCAUCUUUGGCCGCUUGAGCAAUAUGCCAUCUUCCGUAGGGAAAGGGUUGAUCAGGCAAGAAGAGGAACUUGAAGACUUAAAAUGUUAUGUUAUGAGCUUUCAUCCUGGGUCAUUGCAGAGAUGUGCCAGGUUGAGAUCUAAGGAGGCUGUGAAUUUGAUUGAGAGUUAUAGUUUUGCCCUUUUUAACCAUGAGGGUUCUGGUUCAGUUGAGAAGGAUGAUGAGAUUUUGACUUCAUUUUCUAGCCUCAAGAGGCUAGUCUUGGAAGCUGUUGCUUUUGGAUCUUUCCUGUGGGAGACAGAAGAUUACAUUGACAUGUUAUAUAAGCUUAAGGAUAAUUAAGCUGUGUCAAGGCACUGGUUGUUGAGAGAAUUCUCCUUGUGUAUAUAGUGAGUUUUGGUUUUAGCAGUAGAAAGUUGGAUUAUGUUUAUAUUGUAUAUUAUUAUUAGUACACGUUUUGUGUACUAUAUAAUGUACAGUUUAAUGCUUUGCUUGUCUUUACUCUUUAGAGAUUUGAAAUAGUGAUGAGGUUGUAUAUGAA